GCCAUUUCGAAAGUGAUCGACGUUUUCGGAUCACGCACCAAUCACGCGACUUGCUCCAUUUUUUUUACCCGUUUAACUUUCUCCUUGUCCUGAAGAAAAGAACAGGAAUUUCCCCGCCCGUAUCAAAGCUAAACAGCUUCCAAGAGCGGAGAAAUUAGAGUUAAACAAUCCAAGGUGGCGGAGGAUUCCUGCACUAGAUGUCCGUGAGCCUAUCCUGCCCCGUUGCUAUCAACAAGAGCACAUACACAAUAUGUAUGUUGCCUCGAGGAGUCCCGUUCUUCUAUGUGACCCUAUUUCAAUCGACUUGUGACCCCGCCUGCCGAAAUUGAAAUUGACGGCGGGGGUGUCUUUCAUAUUUGCAUUCGUCCUUUGCUCCCACCCGCUCGAGAUUCUCCGCGUCCACACAUACAUUCGGCCCUGACAGAUCUGCCCGUGCACCAGCCGUGUCUAUCUCGGGCCCUUUAAAUCCACCGGAUGUCUCGAUCUUCUCAAGAUGGCACUUUUGCACGGACUCCUCCAACUGGACCACGGAAUAAGAAGGAAACAUGGACCAGACACCCUGCGGAACUUGACUUCCUUUGUCCGACAAGCAUAGAGGACACGGAGAUCAUCGACUAUCUUCGCGACCACGUCUUCAGCGUUCCACCUCGUGCACACUCGACGUCCCCAUCCGCUUACGAUGAGAGAGGAGAGAGUAGCGCGUUCUUUGGUGUCGUGUGUCAAAUCAACGGCCAGCGCGUGGAGGUCCAACUACCCGUCCAGUACCGUACCCCUGUCUUAUGGGUCGUCGAGUUUCUCUGGACAAUGAUUCGGUCGAGUCUGACCGCAGAAUCGCCUGAGGCGACGUGGCCCGCCGUCAGGUAUGAGAUUUGGCAUGUUGCACGGCUGUGCCAGAGUCUCUUGGAGCAAGCCCAUCGUGCGAGGGAUCUGACGAGUCGUUGGCGCUCUUUGUCUUUCGACCGAGCACUGCGGCGCUACUCGCUCGGCUACUUUCGUUCAGCUAACGAGGACAUGAAACAGUUUGAGCGCGUUUUUAGCGAACAAGACUACCACAAAGACGAUAUCUUGGCUUUUGAUUGGACCUCCAGGGAAUUCGAGAAGCGCAGCAAUAUCAGGCUGUCCGCUGAUCAGCUGUCAGGUGGAGUUUCAGCCGAGGAACUGCAGGCAAGGCUGCAAAUCGAUCCAGGACCCAGGGCAUUCCGCUGGGCAAGUCCAGGGAACUCAUAUCCUGCAAUGAAGGGCAGUCCUUCCUCUACCCCCAAGAUUUCGCGUCGCGGCUCCAGAUACGAGGAUGCAUCUGCAUCGCCAGCCGUUUCUAAUCGGACGCCACCGGCAAAUCUGGGUCUGAGCCCACUUGCGCCGCCAGUUCCAGCUGAGAUGGUGGCCCAACCCGUCAUGGAUCUGUCUCAUCAUUCUUUUAUGCCUCCGCCGAUCCAAAGACCGGUGACUACGAGACUGUGCUCUGCUUCUAAUGGAGAGCGGACGACCGACCCCCGCAAGCGUUUAUCUGGCUGCAUUUCACUGCCACCAACGGCCCCGUCAAGUCCUGUCGCCUCCACAUCUCGGCUUGCGGUCCAUUCUGGUGCGGCCCCGCCGAUCCCGCCCGAAUGUCCGCCCCAUUCCGCAUUUGUGUGUGCGCCGGAGCGGGCAGGCUUUGCUGUCCCUCGGACCCCAACACCUUCUCGCGGGGACUUUUGGAUUGAGCUCAUGGGUCCCCUGAGAGCAUCCGCCUCUGAAAUGAUCAAGGCUGAGGAUAUGGAUGACGAUCGGAUGGCUGUCGAUCCGCAGCCCGUGCUCGGCCACAUCGACCAACCACUCAUCACCCCGCGACAGACACCGGACCGCGUCCAUGCUGGGUCGUUCUACCCGUCUCCCUCUCCGGACCAUCCGCGCCAUCCGCAACGCUCGAUGCAGCGAGAGCCGGAAUUCGAUCUCCAGCUCACCCCAACCACGCCAUUUAUGGGUACCGACAUGGCCGCCUUCGUAAACAUCCUCGAAUCCAUGGGGAAGGAGAUGGCGGCGUUGCAAUCUCGGGUGGCUUUCUUGGAGCUGCAGGUAGCGGAACAACCUGCUUCCCCAACCCUUAAGAGUUUCCAUCAGUUGCGGCAUCUGCUCGACAAGAUGGAGGAAGACUGA